AUGGAUGCCCUCAAAGCCGAGCUGGCUGCCAAACGCAAGGCCAAGGAAGCGCCGCCCCCCGCUGAAGGAGGCAGCGGGAGCGCUGAGCCUGUCUACAAGAAAUGGACGCGACGUGGCGAUCUACUCAAACAGCAGGAGGAGGAGUACAAGAGGGAGCAAGAGGAGAAGGCCAAGGCAAAAGCAGCAGCAGAAAGGCUGAAAAGGCAGGGAAAAGAGCAUCGGUCAAAGAGCAAGGUGCGCUUUCUCCAGCUGGACGAGCGCGCUACGCCAGAACGAACAGGCGAGGGUGGUUCAGUGUCAAGGGAUUCCGCUGAUAUUGCAGUGAAAGAUGCAAAAAAGGAGAGCUUCAACAUAUCCCCCGAAGAAGCUGUACGCCGUCUUCGUGCUCGCGGCGAGCCGAUCCGACUAUUUGGCGAGAGCGACAAGGAGCGCCGCUUGCGCGUUCGGGCGCUGGAGCUCAUCGAGGAGCGCGGCGCCAAGGUCGGGCAGAAUGACUUUAUGAAAGCCUUGCAAGGUGCCGAAAGCAGCGAAGCGAAGAACGCAAUCGAAAGGAUGCAUGCUAGCGACAAGGGCAAGGAGGAGCAGCAAGAAGCGAAAGAUGCCGUUCCGCAGGCAGACAACGAGGACAAAGGCAAAGGACGAGAGGGAGUUGGCAUGGAUAGCUUGUUGGAUCUGAACCUCAUUCGUACAGACGAGUCCAAGGUGCAUCCGAUCAUCUAUUACACGCUCAAAGGGCUUCUGAAGGACUGGGAAGAGUAUCUCGCAAAACGCCCUGACGAAGUGCGGCGAUCAACACAAGGAAAGCUCGCAGCAGCGACCCAGGUGCAGACUGCGAGCUACCUCAAGCCGCUGUUCAAACAGUUGCGCCAUCGGGACCUACCGUCUGACAUGCUUAUUCGGAUAGCUGAAAUUGUGCAUUACAUGCAAAAACGCGAGUACCGCAAAGCCAACGACUCGUAUUUGCAGCUCAGCAUCGGAAACGCCCCUUGGCCAAUCGGCGCCACCUCGGUCGGCAUCCACGCGCGCUCGGGACGAGAAAAGAUCUUCAGCUCCAAAAUCGCGCAUGUGCUCAACGAUGAGGAGACACGCAAGUAUAUUCAGAGUUUGAAACGUCUCAUGACGUUCGCCCAGACAAAGUAUCCACCGGAGGACGUUAGCAUGCUCAUGGGGUGAAUCGCCACCCUCACACCGUGGCGCUCGCCGCCCUGGGCUGUAUCAUAUCCAUCCCACUGUAUCCUAAUCAAGGCCAUGCCUUUUAUACCGUAC